AUGAGCAAGUAUACAUUCUUUAACCAAUGUCGAUCCUUAUCGGUAAACGGUUUGGCUGAAGCCAUUGUUCUCCAUCCGCAAUUAAAAAUAGAAUUUUCCCUAGCAUACCCAAGGGAAUACCUUCUUUCAAGAUUGGAGUCUAGAAGCAUUGUUGAACAAUUGUGGCCUGGUGAUGAAAGCAACCACAAGUACUUGGAGUUAGCAAGACUUGACUUUAAUUAUCUACAGAAGCUUUAUGCAGAAGAGAUCCAAGAAGUAGUUAGUUGGUGGGAAGACGCAGGCUUUACGAAGAUUGAAUUUGCAAGAGAAGGGGUUGUGAAGAGUUAUUUCACUGUAGCUGCUGCCAUAUAUGAACCAAAAUACAAAAAAUUCCGAGUCGAGUACACGAAAUUUGGGACCAUGGCCGCUCUUAUGAACGACAUCUACGACCUCAAAAGCAACCGCCCUGAAGAUUUGAGGCUCUUAACUAAGGCAAUCCAUAGAUGGGAUCCUUCAAUACUCAACGGUCUACCAAAACAUAUGGGUGUUUUCUUUGACGGCCUCAAUGCAGCAAUUAUUAAUGUCGCUGAAGAAUCACGCACAGUACAAGGGCGCAAUGUCAUUCACUUAAUAAGAGGAGUGGAAGCAGAAUGGAGGCAUUCGGGGUGCAUACCCUCCUUGGAGGAAUAUCAAAUGGUGGCUAACCUUAGCAUUUCUACCAGCGUCACCGUCUUGAGUCCGAUAUUCAUCAUAGGAGAAGUCAUAUCUGACGAGAUGCUACGGUUGGUGGGUCAAUGCUCAAGAUUUCUCUAUCACAUUGGACGCAUUUGCCGACUUAGCAAUGACAUUGUAACCUCGGAUAGGGAAGAGCGUUCAGGCAAGAUGGCAUCAAGCAUCGGAUGCUUCAUGAAAGAUCACCCCGGGAGCACCAAGGCCGAAGCCAUGGCUCAUUUGCAGGGUUUAAUCGAAUCAAGCACUCGAGAAUUGGAAUGGCAACUGUUUGAGUUGAAAGGGAUUGUGCCUGACUCUGUUAUUCGUGCACUUAUAAACUUUGGAAGAACCAUGGCUCUCCUUUACAAGAACUCGGAUGGCUUUAACAGCGUCUCCGAUCGAGGAUUGGAGCAACUACUGAUGGAUUUUCUCUAUAAGCCACUUCCUUAA